GUGUCCCGGCAGGUAGCCUGGCGCGCAGGCGCAGUGGGGCGGGGACGGGGUGGCGAGAGCUGCGGGUGUGCGCUGUGUGGGGUGAAUGCCAUUGGCCGGGGCUGUGCGUGGGCUCGCGGCCGGCUGACCCGGAGCUCCAGAGCCCGGGCGCUCGGGGAAGGCAGAGCGGGGACCCCCCGGGCGCUUUGGGGGGCGGGCUGUGCGUAGCGGACAGCGGCAGCGUUCGCCCCUGUUCCAGGCCCUGAGGGGAGGCUGCCCCGUCCCCGGGGGGCGCCCAGGCAGGCACCAUGCCGCUGCCGCUCUGCACGCUCUCCAGCCAAGCACAUCAUUGUUUGCGUGCUUUAAAGUCAGUAAAGAAAGACAUUCUACCGCCUUUGUGUAUUGCAAGAUGGGCUUCUACUUCCUCUGUGCCUCGAAUCACUACACACUAUACUAUUCAUUCUCGGAACAAAGACAAACGAUGGGAAGGGGUGAACAUGGAAAGAUUUGCAGAAGAAGCUGAUGUUGUUAUAGUUGGAGCAGGCCCUGCAGGUCUUUCUGCAGCUAUUCGACUUAAACAGUUAGCCAAUGAGUAUGGCAAAGAAGUUCGUGUUUGCUUGGUGGAGAAGGCUGCUCAGAUCGGUGCACAUACACUUUCUGGUGCUUGUCUUGAGCCACGAGCUUUGGAAGAACUCUUACCGGACUGGAAGGAGCGAGGGGCUCCACUUCAGACUCCAGUAACUGAAGACAAAUUUGGGAUUUUAACAAAGAAUUCCAGAAUUCCAGUGCCAGUUCUUCCAGGUCUUCCAAUGACUAAUCAUGGGAAUUAUAUAGUGCGCCUGGGGCACUUUGUGAAUUGGCUGGGUGAGCAAGCAGAAGCUUUGGGUGUUGAGGUGUAUCCAGGCUAUGCAGCAGCUGAGGUUCUUUUUCAUGAAGACGGCAGUGUGAAAGGGAUUGCCACUAAUGAUGUAGGCAUUCAAAAGGAUGGAGCACCUAAAGCUAUCUUUGAAAGAGGUUUGGAGCUACAUGCCAAAGUCACAUUCUUUGCAGAAGGUUGUCAUGGACAUCUUGCCAAACAGUUGUACAACAGAUACAAUCUAAGGGAGAAAUGUCAACCCCAGAGCUAUGGUAUCGGACUGAAAGAGUUGUGGCUUAUUGAUGAAAAGAAAUGGAAACCAGGAAGAGUGGAACACACUGUGGGCUGGCCCUUGGACAGACAUACAUAUGGAGGAUCAUUUCUUUAUCAUUUAAAUGAAGGUGAACCAUUGGUAGCUCUUGGGUUUGUGGUUGGUUUAGAUUAUCAAAAUCCCUAUUUGAGCCCAUUUAAAGAGUUCCAGAGAUGGAAGCAUCAUCCCAGUGUGCAGCCCACUUUUGAGGGUGGAAAAAGGAUUGCCUAUGGUGCUAGAGCCUUGAAUGAAGGUGGUUUCCAGUCUAUACCCAAACUCACUUUCCCUGGUGGAGUAUUAAUUGGUUGCAGUCCUGGUUUCAUGAAUGUUCCUAAAAUCAAAGGUACACACACUGCAAUGAAAAGUGGCAUGUUGGCUUCAGAAGCUGUUUUCAACCAACUAACUAAUGAGAACCUCCAAUCGAAGACAAUAGGACUUGAUGUGCCUGAAUAUGAAGAAAACUUGAAGAAAUCCUGGGUGUGGAAAGAGCUCUAUUCUGUUAGGAAUAUCCGACCUUCCUGCCACGGAAUACUGGGUGUCUAUGGAGGAAUGAUUUAUACUGGUAUAUUUUAUUGGAUACUGAGAGGAAUGGAACCAUGGACAUUAAAACAUCCAGGGCCAGACUCUGAUCAGCUAAAGCCAGCCAAAGAUUGUACUCCUAUUGAAUAUCCAAAGCCUGAUGGAAAAAUCAGUUUUGAUCUUCUGUCCUCUGUGGCUCUAAGUGGGACAAAUCAUGAACAUGACCAGCCUCCUCAUUUGACUCUGAAGGAUGACAGUGUCCCUGUGAACAAAAAUUUAGCUAUAUACGAUGGGCCAGAACAGAGAUUCUGUCCUGCAGGUGUUUAUGAAUAUGUUCCCCUGGAAACAGGAGAAGGGUUACGGUUGCAGAUAAAUGCUCAGAAUUGUGUCCACUGCAAAACAUGUGAUAUUAAAGACCCAAGCCAGAAUAUUAACUGGGUAGUACCUGAAGGGGGAGGAGGGCCAGCUUAUAAUGGAAUGUAAAUUUGAUCAAAACUAUCCAGUGUACUUCCCAGACACGUUGUAACCUCACACAAAUAUAUGCUAUAGUGUAACUAAGCCUAUCACUGACUGAAUGUUAAUUGGGUGAGGUUACUGAGCCAGCUGAAUUUCAUACCACUAUGUGGUAAGAAAUUUCAUUAACCACUAUGUUAAAUAGUGAAUGCAAAGUCAAGGCAAUCAGACAGACCCUAGCCUUAGUUAUGAAAGAAUAUGCCUUUUUACCUGAUCAAAGACAGUGGUUUAGCUUUCCCAGGUGCUGUUUUCUGUGACUUACAACUUGAUGCUAGAUCUCUUGCCAAAGUUCAGUGGAAACACCCUGAACCACAGCUGUAAAAAUAUGGUGAAUUCACGUUUUCUGCUCCUUCCUACCAUGUUCUGUCAAUGCAAUCUUGGUUAAUUUCCAGUUGCAUUAGGGAAAAUGAGUCAAGCAAGGGAAUACUGUAUCACUGCUUUCAAAGGUUACAUUAAGUAGACAAGCAAAUAUUUAGCAAGCUUCCUGUUUCAAGGGAAGAAACUUUUAAUAAAGCUAGUUUGCCAUAAAACAUGGCUUUGUGUGAACAACUGAGUUUAUGAAGUUUGUUUUAGACGGAACUACUUAUAGUGGUACUGAUGUAUACAUGCUGACUUGCUGCUCUAGUGAAGGAAUUAAUGGGAGAAUAUUGUACUGCAACUUGCUUCCUGGGUGUUAAAACUGCUGAUCUGGUAAACUUUUAAGAAUAUCUACCCUGCAAAAGGACAAGCAUUAUCACCACUAAUAUGGUUAAGUAUGUGUCUUAUUGUUUUCUGAGAGUCACUUUAGCUAUAAAAACAAUUGGAAACCAAAAUUUUUACUUUUACUUUUAGUAUGAAACUCCAGUUUAAAUAGUAAACAUUAGAAAUAAUCGAUUGCAGUAUAGGAGAUAACACAAGUAACACUUGCCUCUACCAUGUCUUGUCUCAUAUAGUAGGAGUGUUUACAAUGGUGUAUGGGUCAGUCAUUCAGUGCCUAAACUUUAACAGGAAAAAACCUUCACUUAAGCAAACAUUUUAGCAUAAGCUGCUUUUUCCUUUUCCUUUUGGGCUUUUAUCUUCUGUUUCACCUUGAGUGCUUCAGUUUGGAUAGCUGUUUAAAAAAAAAACAACAACAUGGCUUUCCACCUCCUAUAGUUGUCCCACAGCACUAUAUCAAUCACCCAUUUUUAUUUUAUGCUUUACAUAGGCUAAACUGUGUCUGCCUGGAUUCUAGUCAUAGGGGGUAGUUAUCAAGCUGGGUACUAGUGAAAGAAAUCCUUCCUGACUUCUUUCCAUUCAGUUGUAGAAUAGGAUAAAUAGGCUCAGAGAAAUGGAUGUAGGAAACAGUAGUGACCCUGAAUUCCUGAGCCAAAGAGUAACAUUCAGUUAAGCAGCAGAGAAUGGAAUCAGACCAGAAAGCAGCUUCAGGUUUUUUGGGAUAAAGGAUGCACAAACCCCAGUUCUUGCUGAAGUAGAACUCCCUGACCCAAGGAGAUGCAUGCCUCUUCCUCUAUAAAAAGAGGUAGAAGACACUUCUCCACACACAAGUGGAAGAUUGCAGCUAUCAGCAGCAGACUUACUUCAGCACUAAUUCUAUGUCCUCAUAUUUUGUCAAUGUCUAGAAAGUAGGGACCUCACAAAAUAAAAAAUUCUCAGUCUUAGUUCAUCUCUUGCAGAACUACCAUAAUACUAUGUAAAAGCCUGUUAGGGCUUGGCUACCCUUGUGAGUUACAGAGCACUGCUGGUACUCCACCUUGGCAAGUGGAAUAACGUUUGCUGCGCUGCAGCACCAGUGUGAAAGAGGUAUUAUGUUACUGUGCUCUGAUUGACCUCCGGAAAUGUCCCAUAAUCCCCUUACAUCAAGUGGCCACUCUUGUCAUUGUUUUGAACUUGCUGAUAUGCCCUUUCAAACAUGGAGGGAUUGGCUUUCUGACAGCUGGCUACUUAUCUGCUCCAGGACAAAGGAACCAUUACUGAGAGAUGCUGCUUGCUUUGAGUGAGUGAGAGCGAGGAGGUCAGCUGCUGUCUGAACUUACAAGAGAGCAUGUCAGCAUGCUGUCAUUUCCCACCCCCAACCCACUCACUCUCCCUCCACAUACACACUCCACCUCAUGCCCCACAUUUGAAAAGCAUGUUGCAGCCACUUGCACGCUGGGAUAGUGAUGACAAUGCACUGCUCUUUUUGGCAUUGCAAGAACCACUAAUGUGGCCACGCCAGUGUGCUUCCAGCUGAGAGUGCGAACACUCAGCAGCGUUUUCCCUGCUGUGGUCACCGAAGGCUGGUUUAACUCCCAGUGCUCUACAACUGCAAGUGUAGCCAUGCCCUAAAAGAGAAUAUAUGCCACAUUCCUAAAAUUCGCUUGACAGUUUACCUUUAUCUUCAGGUGUUAUCUCUUGAGCCUUCUUAAGAUCAGCCUUCAAUAAAAAAUACAAAAAAAUAAGUAGAUGCUUUAUUGAUCCUUUAAAAAACAACAGCAACAAAAAUAGUUACCAGUGCCUGAUCAAAAUCUCUUAUUCCCUGCCAGCCUUGAGCCCGUCUGUAAAGUGCUUUGGUGUUUGCUGGAUCUAUGGCAAGCGCCUGCAAAGUGAAUAAAAGUGGUUUAGUAUUCAUCAGUGUACUCUAAAGCAGUGGUUCUCAAAGUCGGUCCACCGCUUGUUGAGGGAAAGCCCUGGACCAGUUUGUUUAUCUGCUGCGUCUGCAGGUUCAGCCGAUCGCGGCUCCCACUAGCUAUGGUACGCCGUUCCAGGCCAAUGGGGGCUGUGGGAAGCGGCACAGGCCAAGGGACAUGAUGGCUGCCCUUCCUGCAGCCCCCAUUGGCCUGGAGCAGCAAACCGCAGCCAGUGGGAGCCGCAAUUGGCCAAACCUGCGGAUGUGGCAGGUAAACAAACCAGUCUGGCGUGCCAGGGGCUUUCCCUCAACAAGUGGUGGACCGGCUUUGAGAACCACUGCUCUAAAGCCUUCUGCUAAUAUGAAGAGCGCCAAAACACACACAAUUAGCCAAUGGGCAAGAUCCCCUGGGAGAAUAACAUGAGGGGGAAAAGGAGUCCAGGAGAGCUAGCUGUGUUUUAAAAGAAUCCUUAUUGAGGUUACAGGGACAAACCAUCCCGAUGUCUACAAAGAAUAAUAAAUAUGGCAGGCGACCAGCUUGGCUUAACAGUAAAAUCCUUGCUGAUCUUAAAUACAAAAAAGAAGCGGAAGAUUGGACAAAUGAUCAGGGAAGAGUAUAAAAAUAUUGCUUGGGCAUGCAGGAGUGAAAUCAGGAAGGCCAAAUCACACCUGGAGUUGCAGCUAGCAAGGGAUGUUAAGAGUAACAAGAAGGGUUUCUUCAGGUAUGUUGGCAACAAGAAGAAAGUCAAGGAAAGUGUGGGCCCCUUACUGAAUGAGGGAGGCAACCUAGUGACAGAGGAUGUGGAAAAAGCUAAUGUACUCAAUGCUUUUUGCCUCUGUCUUCACCUCCUCCCCAUGCUGUGCUGCCCAGUGCAGUAGUCUGGGAGCUGACCUUGUUCGUGACCAGCCUUCUGUGGAGAAAGAAGUGGUUCGGGACUAUUUAGAAAAGCUGGAGGAGCACGAGUCCAUGGGGCCGGAUGCGUUGCGUCCGAGAGUGCUAAAGGAGUUGGCGGAUGUGAUUGCAGAGCCACUGGCCAUUAUCUCUGAAAACUCAUGGCGAUCGGGGGAAGUCCCGGACAACUGGAAAAAGGCUAAUGUAGUGCCCAUCUUUAAAAAAGGGAAGGAGGAGGAUCCUGGGAACUACAGGCCAGUCAGCCUCACCUCAGUCCCUAGAAAAAUCAUGGAGCAGGUCCUCAAGGAAUCAAUUCUGAAGCACUUAGAGGAGAGGAAAGUGAUCAGGAACAGUCAGCAUAGAUUCACCAAGGGCAAGUCAUGCCUGACUAAUCUAAUUGCCUUCUAUGAUGAGAUAACUGGUUCUGUGGAUGAAGGGAAAGCAGUGGACAUGGUGUUCCUUGACUUUAGUAAAGCUUUUGAUACGGUCUCCCACAGUAUUCUUGCCAGCAAGUUAAAGAAGUAUGGGCUGGAUGAAUGGAUUAUAAGGUGGAUAGAAAGCUGGCUAGAUUGUCGGGCUCAACGGGUAGUGAUCAAUGGCUCCAUGUCUAGUUGGCAGCCGAUAUCAAGCAGAGUGCCCCAAGGGUCAGUCCUGGGGCCGGUUUUGUCCAAUAUCUUCAUAAAUGAUCUGGAAGAUGGUGUGGAUUGCACCCUCAGCAAGUUUGCAGAUGACACUAAACUGGGAGGAGAGGUAGAUACGCUGGAGGGUAGGGAUAGGAUACAAAGGGACCUAGACAAAUUGGAGGAUUGGGCCAAAAGAAAUCUGAUGAGGUUCAACAAGGACAAGUGCAGAGUCCUGCACUUAGGAUGGAAGAAUCCAAUGCACCGCUACAGACUAGGGACCGAAUGGCUCGGCAGCAGUUCUGCAGAAAAGGACCUAGGGGUUACAGUGGAUGAGAAGCUGGAUAUGAGUCAACAGUGUGCCCUUGUCGAGAAGGGCAAUGGCAUUUUGGGAUGUAUAAGUAGGGGCAUUGCCAGCAGAUUGAGGGAUGUGAUCGUUCCCCUCUAUUCGACACUGGUGAGGCCUCAUCUGGAGUACAGUGUCCAGUUUUGGGCCCCACACUACAAGAAGGAUGCGGAAAAAUUGGAAAGAGUCCAGCGGAGGGCAACAAAAGUGAUUAGGGGACUGGAACACAUGACUAAUGAGGAGAGGCUGAGGGAACUGGGGAUGUUUAGUCUACGGAAGAGAAGAAUGAGGGGGGAUUUGAUAGCUGCUUUCAACUACCUGAAAGGGGGUUCCAAAGAGGAUGGCUCUAGACUGUUCUCAGUGGUAGCAGAUGACAGAACAAGGAGUAAUGGUCUCAAGUUGCAGUGGGGGAGAUUUAAGUUGGAUAUUAGGAAAAACUUUUUCACUAGGAGGGUGGUGAAACACUGGAAUGCGUUACCUAGGGAGGUGGUGGAAUCUCCUUCCUUCAAAGUUUUUAAGGUCAGGCUUGACAAAGCCCUGGCUGGGAUGAUUUAGUUGGGGAUUGGUCCUGCUUUGAGCAGGGGGUUGGACUAGAUGACCUCCUGAGGUCCCUUCCAACCCUGAUAUUCUAUGAACCCAUCUAUUUUAAGGGUAAGCUGCCUGAAAACAAAUCAACUUUUAAAUGAAAGCACCAUCAAUCGAGUGCAGUAUUACUAUCCAGGGUUUAUCUAGCACGGGGGUGGGCAAACUUUUUGGCUCAAGGGCCACAUCGAGGUUGCAAAACUGUAUUGACGGCUGGGUAGGGGAGGCUGUGCCUCCCCAAACAGCCUGGCCCAUGCCCCCAUCCAACCUCCCUGGCCCCUGACUGCUCCAACCCCAUCCACACCCCCACCCCCGACAGGCCCUCUGACCCCUAUCCAACCCCCCUGCUCCCUGACCGUGCCCCCCACUCCAUCCAGCUGCUCCCUGUCUGCCUCCCCAGGAUCCUCUGCCCGUUAUCCAACCCCCUACCCCCUUACCAUGCUGCUGAGAGCAGCCAGAGCCAGCCACGUUGCCUGGCAGGAGCAGUGGGCCAGAGCACUGGCAGCACAAUGAGGUGAGGCUGUGGGGGAGGGGAGACAGCAUGGGAGGGGCUGGGGCUAGGCUCCCCAGCCAGGAGCUCAAGGGCUGGGCAGGACAUCCUGCAGGCCAGAUGUGGCCCGCAGUUUGCCUACCUCUGAUCUAGCAUGUUGUUGAGUAUUAAUAGUGCUAAUGCCUGUCUACAGAAAUGAGCCCAUAAGCAGGUGCAGCUCCUCCUUCUAUCCCCAAAAUAUUCAGGGAUGGUGGGAUAAAGGAUAGAUUUGUAUGAUUACUGCAAAUUUUCUAACCACUUAAAUACUCAAUGAAUCCAUUAUUUAAUGACAAAAAGGAUCAUUAAACCAUCCAGUCUGAUCUCCUGAAUAAUUCAGGCCAUUAAAUUCCACCCAGUUACCUCUGCAGUGAGUCUAAUUACUUGAUUGGCUAGAAAGGUAUACAGUUUUUAUUUUUAAGACAUCAAGGGACGGAGAAUCCACCAAUUCCCUUGGUAGUUUGUUCUAAUGGUUAAUCAUCUUCUAUUAAUAAUUUGGACCUUAUUUCUCAUUUGUAUUUGUCUGGUUUAAUCUUUCAGAUUUCUCAGCUAGAUUAAAGUAUUCACUUUAGUACUCAUUAUUUUCUCCCCUGGAAGCUACUUGUACACUAAUCAAAUCACCUCUCAAUCAUUUUGAUAAACAAAACUCACAUCCUCAAAUCAUUCUCGUGUCUCUUUUCUGCACCCCCUCCAAUUUUUCCAAUGUUUUUUAAAAAUGUGGACUGCAGAACUGAGUGAAAGAUUCCAGUAUCAUUCUCACCAAUGCCACAUACAAAAGUAAAACCGCUCUUUACUCCGGCUGCUCCCGUUUGUACCAUCGAAGGAUCACGUUAGUUCUUUUUGCCACUGCAUCAUACUAGGAGCUCAGUGCUGCAUUGUUUGUUCCCUGUAACACCUAAAAUCUGUUCCAGAGUCUCUUUCCAGGAUACAGCCUCUCAUUCUUUGUUUCUUGAUGUAUAGUUUUUCAUUUGGCAAUAUUAAAUUUUUAAUGGGGAUAGCUUACAAGCAAUCCAAAUUGCUCUGUUGGACUACCCUGUCCUCAUCAUUUACCAUUUUGCUAAUCUGUCUCAUCUGCAAAUUUUAAUCAGCAACAAUUUUAUAUUAACUUCCAGAUCAUUGAUGGAAAUAUUGACUAGCAUCAGGCUUGGCACCAAGCCAUAUGGAAUCCCACUAGAAACUCCCUCCUUUGAUGAUGAUUCCCUAUUGACAGCUACUUUGAGAUGUGUUAGCUAGACAGUUUAGUCCGUUUAAUGUUUGCUUUGAUUUUUAAAUUGCUAAUUCUUAAAUCAGAAUGUCAUGUGGUAUUAAGUCAAAUGCCUUACAAAAGUUUAUUACAUUUAUGUAGUUACAUUUAUCAACCAAAUUUGUAAUCUCAAAGCAUGCAAUCAGAUUUGUUUGACAAGAAAACCAUACUGACUGGCAUUAAUUCUACUUCUAUCCUUUAAUUUAUUAUCAGUUGAAUCCUUUAUCAGCUCUUCCAUUCUUUUGUGCAGGACUGAUGUCAGACAAGCUGGCUUACAGUUACCUGGCCCAUCCUGUUUGCCUGUUUUAAAUAUUGGCAUUCUUCCAAUCUUCUGGAAUUUCCCUGGCAAUCCAAGAUUUAUCAAAAGUGAUCAGCUGACCAGAGAUUGCCUCAGCUGACUCUUUCAGCACUUGAGUGCAAGUUAUCUAGGCCUGCUGAUUUCAAAGUGUUUAUCUGCAGUAAUGUUAGAGAAAAGGUGGGUGAGGGAAUAUCUUUUAUUGGACCAACUAAUAAAAAUAACCUACUAAAAUUUGUCUAACACCCUCAAUUAUUAAUGGUCUGGAAAAUACCUCAUCUUUAUAUGAGGAGUACAUCAUUCUGCUUUUUUCUCCAAAUAUGUAACAGUUACUGAACACUUCUGCCUUUUUUCAUCAUCAUCAAUUUGAGCUUCAAAUAGUUAUGGGCUUAUAACUGUUGCUAGGUGUUCCUUUGUUCCUAAAACUUAACUCCUAUUUGGCCUUAGCCUUUGAAUUCCUCCGUUCUCUCUUGUCUAAUGUCUGCACUUCGCUUCCAGUUUACAUCAGUUUGCUAUUUCCCCCUUUUUCAAUUGGUUAUAUUGCCUUUUCAUUUCUAAUUGCUGCCUUCCCUUUACCAUUUAGCCAAAGUUAUCCAUUCAUUACAAUUAACUUGUAAAAUAAAACGAGAAAUCUGAUUCAAAGAGUGAGGGUAAAGCUUGCUGAAUGCUACACACCUAUAAAAAGAUUCCUUGUUUCUGAAAGAUAAUGUAAUCUAUUGUUCUAUACAAAGUAAGAGUGCUCCCAGGAAAUGCACAGCUUGCAUUUAGCUCCAAUAAAUAAUAACUUGUAUUCUGAAAUAUUAUUGAUGUGACUCCACUAAUAUUUUUUCUGAACAAGUAAACAGCCUGCCAAAAAUGAGUUAAUUUGUAUAUUAAAAUUGGUUUGCACUAAA